UGUCUAGUGUUGAAGAGGUAGGGAGACGCUUUCAAACGCGUGUACAGUACAUACACCACACUCUGUCCAGCAACCAAAAGAACUCCCCGAGGAACGCUCGCUCGCGAGAGAAGGAGACACAGCUACACAUCUCGAUGGCAGCUCUCCUAUCAACGUCGGCGCUGAGGCGCAGGCUGAGGACGGCCAUCGACAGCGACUCUCCCGGGAGGCGGCUGUGGAGUUGGAGCGGGCCGAGUCAAGAAGCGGAAGAGAAGGUUGAAAGAGCGGCUGCUCUUCUCUCAUGGGAGGAGUUACCUGAGUGGCAGCAAUGCGGAAGCGAUCACAUCAAGACUGGGUAUCGACAAGCGUGUGGCUCCGUAUCAAGCUGCUUCGGCAGUUGGACCUAUAUGCAUAAUGAGUCGGUAAACAUCUACUCUCACGUAAUAGGCGCCAUAAUCUUCAUUCUGCUACCAUUCUACGUCUUCAGCGAUGGUAUACCAGCCAGAUGGAGCAUCGCCUCAACCGCAGACGUGGCCGUCUGUACCGCCUAUGCCAUUGGUGUUACCAUCUGCUUCGUCCUUUCCACGGCCUUCCACACCCUCAUGUCCCACAGCGAACCCAUCUACCUCUCGGGCAUCAAAGCCGACUUCCACGGCGUCCUUGCCCUAAUGUGGUCCUCCGUCUUUCCCCUGGCACAUAACGUGUUCCCUAACUCCGCGGCCACGCGGGACGCCUACAUCGCGCUGACCGGCGUGCUGGCCGCUCUCUGCGCCGCGGCGACGGCGAGGCCUGAUCUGGGGGCCGUGGACCUGGGACAUCACCGCGCCGCGUUGUUUGCGACGUUUGGGCUCGCAGCAUUUGUGGUGCCCAUCGGGCACGGGGUGGUGGUGGCAGAUGGUGGAAGGGAGGUGUGGGAUCGGGUUGGCGGGUGGUGGGUUUUGGGGACGGCUGGGUGGAAUUAUGUUGCUGUUUUUGUGUAUUGGUCCAAGUUCCCGGAAAGAUGGUUCCCGAGGUCGUUUGACUUGCUUGGGGCCAGCCACCAGUUGAUGCAUAUAUUUGUUCUGGCUGCUGCUCUUUCGUAUGCCAAGGCUGUCGUUGUGGCUUUUGACUAUAGACAUGCGCGGGAGCUUGCGUGCUGAAUUUUUGGCCUCCGGCAAAAGGACAUGCAACAGACAGCCUGGGGAGACAUAUAUCUUUAAGGGUGAGCUCUCUUCGAAGGGAGUUGGUGUUAGUAGAGAUUAAAAGCGAAAGAUUGUUGUUGAACCA